AUGAUCCAUCGCUGCCUACCUAUAUAUACAGUCGCCUGCGAAAGCUAGGGUAUAAAAGCCCCAAUUCAUUUUCUUCGCUCAAGAGACAAAUUCCCUCGCAAUCGACCAACGGUAGCUCCUGCAUUCACCGUCAUCCUCUCUCCUUCCGUCGCCGGAGUUCGAUCGUUGAGGAAGUAGAGAUAAUGGCGACGUUUGAGCUGUACAGGAGAUCGACGAUCGGGAUGUGUUUGACGGAGACUUUGGACGAGAUGGUUCAGAGCGGCACGCUGAGUCCUGAGCUUGCUAUCCAAGUCCUUGUUCAGUUUGACAAGUCUAUGACUGAAGCUCUUGAGAGCCAAGUGAAGACUAAGGUGUCAAUUAAGGGGCACCUGCACACUUACAGGUUCUGUGACAACGUCUGGACAUUCAUAUUACAGGACGCAAUGUUCAAGAAUGACGACCGUCAAGAGAAUGUGAGUCGAGUGAAGAUAGUGGCAUGUGACUCUAAGCUGCUCACACAGUGAGAUGUAAAUUCUCAACAGAUAAUAUGCUCACUUCCUUCCUUUGUAAUAGAUUUUGAGUUUUGUUUUCCACUUUGUAAACUCAGCACUUGUUGUAUGUUGAGCUCCAUUUGCAGCCAUCAAUUUAGCCUAUAUGUAAAUUCUCGGCCCAAAGACUUAUGGGACUCUGUUGCUAUGAGAAAGUUCCUAAGAUUUAUCUUAUAAUAUCUGUUUACUUCCUAA